UAUAACCCCUAGGAGACUCUCGGGCGCAGCUCCGCUCACCCCUGUGCGAAAAGAUCAACGCAGAAUGUCAUCUAAGUCAAUUUCCCACUUUGGUAGGCGCCUCACCCUUUUCGCCUCUAGACUACAUUUCCCAGAAGUUCCUGCGGCUCUAAUCAAUUUCCGGCGCGAAUCUGGCUAUUUUUUUCCAAUUCUCAGGGAACAUAUGACUCCCUGGAAUUGGUCAGGUCUAUGGAGGAAGCUUGUCUCCAGGGUGUGGGAUCUCCUCGUGUGGGACACUCACUCCGACCCUGCAUCUGGAUCACAAAGACUUCUGUUAGCGGUUCGGAGAGGAGAGCAUGGCUGUCGGCUUAGCCCAGACUGUGCGGUAGCGCGAAAUCGGAGAACCGGUCGCCAUCUUAUCCAAACGGAUCGACUCGGGACUACAUUUCCCAGAGGGCCCCGCUUGAAUAGUCGCCCUCCUCCCCGCCACCGGAUUGUUGGGCCCUGGGCCUCCAGGGAAGGGGGAAAGUGCAAGAUAGUAGGUGUGGAUCCAGAGCUACCUCUGAUCUGGUGAGUCUGGGCCACAAGAAAGACCUGGCAUUUCAUGGUUCUCCUUCCUUAGCUCUGCUUCUCAGAGAGGUCCCCAGAAGAAGGAGGAAUGGCUGCCAACCAAUCCAAAGACAAGGCCUGCCUUCUCAGAACAGUAUCCUUUUUCAGGAGAACAGCUUUGAGGAGGACUGAUAAUCGGCAAUACUGAAAGCCAUGGCCCAGGAAUCAGUGAUGUUCAGGGAUGUGGCUGUAGACUUCUCUCAGGAGGAGUGGGAAUGUCUGGGUCCAGCUCAGAGGGCCUUGUACAGAGACGUGAUGUUGGAGAACUACAGCAAUCUGCUGUCAAUGGGACUUUACAUUCCUAAGCCUCAAGUUAUCUCCUUACUGGAACAAGGGAAAGAGCCCUGGAUGGUUGGCAGAGAGCUGACAAGAGGCCUGUGUUCAGAUUUGGAGUCAAUGUGUGAAACCAAGUUAUUAUCUCUGAAGAAGGAAGUUUAUGAAAUAGAAUCAUGCCAAAGGGAUAUAAUGGGACUUACAAUGUAUGGCCUUGAGUACUCCAAUUUUAGAGAUGUUUUGGAAUAUGGAAGCCACUUUGAAAGACAACUGGGCUAUCAAAAUGGGCAUUUCAGCCAAGAAAUACCCACUCACGGAUACAUGCCCACAUUUAUUCAACAGACAUUCUUUACUCUACAUCAAAUAAUUAAUAAUGAAGAGAAACCCUAUGAAUGUAAGAAAUGUGGAAAAGUCUUUAGUCAGAAUUCACAAUUUAUUCAACAUCAGAGAAUUCAUAUUGGUGAAAAAUCUUAUGAAUGUAAGGAGUGUGGGAAAUUCUUUAGUUGUGGCUCACAUGUUACUCGACAUCUGAAAAUACAUACUGGUGAAAAACCCUUUGAAUGUAAUGAAUGUGGAAAGGCCUUCAGUUGCAGCUCAUAUCUUUCUCAACAUCAGAGAAUUCACACUGGUAAGAAACCCUAUGAAUGUAAGGAAUGUGGGAAGGCCUUUAGUUAUUGCUCAAAUCUUAUUGACCAUCAGAGAAUUCACACUGGUGAAAAACCCUAUGAAUGUAAAGUAUGUGGGAAAGCCUUUACUAAGAGCUCACAACUUUUUCAACAUGCAAGAAUUCAUACAGGUGAGAAACCCUAUGAAUGUAAGGAAUGUGGCAAAGCUUUUACUCAGAGCUCAAAGCUUGUUCAGCAUCAGAGAAUUCAUACUGGUGAGAAACCCUAUGAGUGCAAGGAAUGUGGCAAAGCCUUCAGUAGUGGCUCAGCACUUACUAAUCAUCAGAGAAUUCACACUGGGGAGAAACCCUAUGAUUGUAAGGAAUGUGGGAAGGCUUUUACUCAGAGCUCACAACUUCGUCAACAUCAGAGAAUUCAUGCUGGUGAGAAACCCUUUGAAUGUCUUGAAUGUGGGAAAGCCUUUACUCAGAACUCACAGCUUUUUCAACAUCAGAGAAUACAUACAGAUGAAAAACCAUAUGAAUGUACUGAAUGUGGAAAGGCCUUUAAUAAAUGCUCAAACCUUACUCGACAUCAGAGAAUUCAUACUGGUGAAAAGCCCUAUAACUGUAAAUGUGGGAAGGCAUUUAGUAGUGGCUCAGAUCUCAUUCGUCAUCAGGGAAUUCACACUGAUGAAAAUCCGUCGCCCCCUGGUGCCCAAGCACAAAAGUGUGCGGCGACAGUCACACAAAACCCGCCACACCUAAGCAUACAGUUUACAGACCCGCGCAUCUUCACCGUUUCCUCACACACAGUCGCCCAAGGUCAUUUUAGUGCCCAGCAUCGCCCAGGGUUGCACUCAAUUUUCCAGGUACCCGCACCUAAAGCCGCUGCCGCCUGUAGUGCAAGCACAAAAGUAGGCUCGUCCAGAUCCCUGCAGCUGGAUGUUCCCCCAGAGGUGCUUAGGGGUCCCGCGCGCCUCAGUCUCCGCCCCUUUCCGACCCCCUGGGGAUUCUGGGAGGCGACAUCGCGGGUGUCCGGUAGUUGGGCGGGUUUCCAGAGCCCACGGCGCUGGGAGGACUUUGUUCUCCAAAAGAGAAAAUUGAAGGAAGGAGGAAUGGCUGUUGGACUUUGUAAAUCCAUUUCCCAGGGAUUGGUGACCUUUAGGGAUGUGGCUCUAGAUUUUUCCCAAGAAGAGUGGGAAUGGCUGGACCCAUCUCAGAAGGAUUUAUACAGAGAUGUCAUGUUGGAGAACUAUAGGAACUUGGUAUGCCUUGGACUCUCCAUUUCUAAGCCCAACAUGAUCUCCUUAUUGGAGCAAGGGAAGGAACCUUGGAUGGUGCAGAGAGAGAUGUCAGACGAUCCAUAUACAGACUGGGAGUCUUGGUAUGAAAUUAAGGAAUUAUCUCCAAAAUGGUACAUUGAUGAAGAGGAAAUUUCCCAGAGGAUGGUGAUGAAAAGACUUACAAGUCAUGACCUUGAAUGCUCCAAUUUCAGAGAAGCUUGGAAAUAUGAGGGUGAAUUUAAGCAGCGUCAUGGAAAUCAAGAGAGGCAUUUCAGACAAGUGACAAGUCUUAAGGAAAUCUCUUCUGUGAAAACAGACAAUAAAUAUAAUUAUUCUGAGAGAAGUGUUCUCUUGAAGUCAGUACUUUUAACACAACAGAGAGUUCCCACAGUACAGCAAGUACAUAAAUUUGAUAUUUAUGAUAAAAUGUUCCCCCCCAAUUCAGUCCUAAUUGAACAUAAGAGACAACAUGUUGAGAAGGAAUCUUUGAUAGGUAAUGAAUGUGAAGAAUUCAACCAGAGUACACACCAUAGUAAAGAUAUAGGAAUUCCUCCUGAGGUAAAACGUUAUGAAAGGAAUGAUUUUUCAAAUCUCUUAAGUUUCCACUCAUUACUUACUCAACAUCAAACAAGUCAUUUUGGAAAAUUGCCCCAUGGAUAUGAUGAAUGUGGUGAUUCCUUUAGCUGUUACUCAUUCUUUACUCAACCUCAGAGAAUUCACAGUGGAGAGAAACCAUAUGCAUGCAAUGACUGUGGGAAGGCCUUUAGCCAUGACUUCUUUCACAGUGAACAUCAGAGAACUCACAUUGGAGAGAAACCAUAUGAAUGUAAGGAAUGCAACAAAGCUUUUAGACAGAGUGCACACCUUGCUCAGCAUCAGAGAAUCCACACUGGAGAGAAACCUUUUGCAUGCAAUGAAUGUGGGAAGGCCUUUAGCCGUUAUGCCUUCCUUGUUGAACAUCAGAGAAUUCACACAGGAGAGAAACCAUAUGAAUGUAAGGAAUGUAACAAAGCCUUCAGACAGAGUGCACAUCUUAAUCAACAUCAGAGAAUUCACACUGGAGAGAAACCCUAUGAAUGUAAUCAAUGUGGAAAAGCCUUCAGCAGACGCAUAGCCCUUACUCUGCAUCAAAGAAUUCAUACAGGAGAGAAACCCUUUAAAUGUAAUGAAUGUGGGAAGACCUUUGGCUAUCGCUCACACCUUAAUCAACAUCAGAGAAUUCAUACGGGAGAAAAGCCCUAUGAGUGCAUCAAAUGUGGGAAGUUUUUCAGGACUGACUCACAACUUAAUCGACAUCAUAGAAUUCAUACUGGAGAGAGACCUUUUGAAUGUAGUAAAUGUGGGAAAGCCUUCAGUGAUGCGUUGGUUCUAAUUCAUCAUAAGAGAAGUCAUGCAGGAGAGAAGCCCUAUGAAUGUAACAAAUGUGGGAAGGCGUUCAGUUGUGGCUCAUACCUUAAUCAACAUCAGAGAAUUCAUACUGGGGAGAAACCUUAUGAAUGUAAUGAAUGUGGGAAGGCUUUCCAUCAGAUCUUGUCCCUUAGGCUACACCAGAGAAUUCAUGUUGGAGAAAAACUCUAUAACUGUAAUGAAUGUGGGAAUAAUUUUAGCUGUGCCUCAGCCCUUAGACGACAUCAGAAAAUUCAUAAUAGAGAAACUCUCUGAUUAUAACAAGGAUAAGAAAGAAAACAGUCACCACUCAAUCCUUACUAAAUAAAUAUCUGUGAAUUCAAUGGUUAGUAA